UGCGGCAGGAAGUUUCAGCGGAUGUUUCUUUUCCCUUCCAACAUGUCUGCCGUCUCUCAUGUUACUCGCGUGUAACUGUGAUUAACUUUGUCCGCUGCGAAGGGAAUUCAAGUUACACGUCGUGUCCUCACAGGGGUCUCCUCCGCUAUGGCACAGGGGGCUGUAAAAGGCAAAGCUAAGCCCAAGAAACCUGCCAAAAAGUCCGUGCCCAUGAGGAAAGGAGGCCGGGUUAUUGCACCAAAGAAAUCCCGCAUUAUCCAUCAACAGAAGCUCAAGAAGAACCUGGAAGUUGAGAUCCGGAAGAAGAUUGAGCAUGAGGUGACCCAGAAGGCGAGUUCCAACAUGCCCAAGAAACUGGCGCUGCUCAAGGCCCCAGACCAGGGCAAGAAGGAUAAAGGGGGCGUGGCCGGAGGAAGCAAGGCUUGAGGGGCUGCCCUGGAUACGGACAUUUUUACCCUGACUGGGGCGGGACCCUAUAAUGGGGUGUCUUUUUUUUGGUUUUUAUCCAGUAAAAGAUUUUCAGAUUCUUUCUAUGUGCUUGAAGUUUCCCAUAAAGAAAAUGUCAACCCAUAAACCUAACGUUUUUGCCGAAUUAAAUAAAACCUGAUUUUAAGCAA